AAAUUAUGCUAUCGAUGCAUUUAAACAUAACUUCACAUAAAGUCUGUGUCUUAUGUUCUUGAGUGCCUGGAAUAUUCAGCCGCACUGAAUUGAUUGUAGCAAGAACGGUUUCAGUUGCUGAAGCAAGAGGAAACAGAGGAGCGAAGGCUGAUUUUUAAUGAAUUCCCUCGGUUAGUUAUCUUCUGGAAUCAAUAGAAAAUCAGCUUAAUGUUAUACAUCGAGUACCUUUUCUUACCCUGGGACUAUUGUUGAUAAAAAAAAAUGCUUUAAUUCAAAAGGAAAACAAAUCCGCUGUCAAGAUGUGACAAACGUAAGACAGAAUUGAGGUUCCUAGCCAUGAAUACGACUUACGGAGACAAAGUUCCAUGAUAGUAAGCAGAAGAUUUGUGUCGGAGAGGGAUUAGAUUCCAGUAUGGCAGAUUCAGAAGAGACAGAACGGUCCGAAAGUUCGGAAAGGACCGGGCAAGAUGAAGAGACAAAGGCCAGCAUUGCCGAACUCAUGGAAAACAUGUGGACGGCCGUGGAGACGGGCAAAGACAAAGAACUGCGGAAGUUCUUCUCUAAGAACGAGGAGAGGGACAUCCCCCUGAAUAGGGACAACGAAGAGUUCGACGAAGAUGGAGGCCAUAUUUUGAUAUUCUGUGUGAAGGAAGGGUGUAGUAGGGGUAACUCAUUCGGCAGGGAUUUCGUGCAAUGUGUUCGGAUAUUGUUAAAUAAUGAUAACUUAGAUAUCGAUGUGCAGGAUAAAUCAGAGAGGACGGCCCUACACUGGGCAGUGCUGGGUAAGAAUACCCAAUUCACCUCCCUGUUAAUGAAAGCAGGGGCAGACCCCACCAUUCACGACCAUGAUGGGCUGUCCCCAUUCCACAUCGCUGUACAGAAGGGCUACAAGGAACUUCUUAAGAUACUCGCCAGCAACCAAGACAAAGAGAUAUUUUCAAAGAAGGAUGGCAAGGGGACACCACCCUUGGUGACCGCUGUCAACACUGGCAAUCUAGAGAUUUGCCGAUAUCUGCUUGAAAAUGGCGCCAAAAUUGAUGCAACUGAUAGACGGUUAAAACGAUCCGCUCUCCAGUAUGCAAUAUUGGCCAAAAACUUGGAUAUUUUUGAUUUGUUACUGAAGUAUAAUCCAAGUUUAGACCAGGGGGAUUAUCGUGGGAAAACAGCUCUCCAUCGGAUUUGUGCUAUCAAGGACCCCCGGUAUUUCCAGAGGGUCAUUAAACACUACGGGACGUUUCCGGACCAUAUCAUGGAACAGGAAACGGACGAUGGAGUCACUCCUGUCAUAUCGGCCUGUCAGAGCGGGAACUCACAGCAGCUGAAGGAACUCAUAGAUCAAGGAGCUCCAAUAUCAACCAAAGAUGAUAAUGGAAGAACAGCGCUACAUUACUGCGCAGACAAUCUGGAGACACAGUGUGCCGAAAUGUUACUGGCCAAGGACCCCAGCUUGUUGGAGGUCAAGGACUCACAAGGGUUCACGCCCCUCCACAUGUCGGUGAUCAGUGGAAAUGUGCCUUUACUCAAACUCCUGCUCGCUAAGGGGGCGGAUAUCAGGAGUCUGGACAGUGAACUACACACCCCCACACACUGGGCCACUGCCAAACACCAAGCAUGUAUAGUUGAUGAUGGAGAUGUUUGUGGUCAUCUGGAAAUUCUUGACAUUCUGAUUGACAAUGGAGCAGAGCUGUCCUCAGCAGACAGUCACAAUGCGUACCCGAUCCAUUACGCUGCCCAGAUGAACGGGAAAGACAGCAACCAUGCUGAUUCCAAGGUCGGGGAGAAGGUUCUCAAAAAACUUCUAGACAGUGGCGUGCCACACGAUGUCACAGACAAAGAUGGCCGACAACCGCUACUAUGGGCUGCAAGUGCAGGAAACACAGAAUCCAUUAAAUUAUUAGUCAAAGCUGGUGCUGAUGUGAAUGCUAUUGAUAAAGAUGGGCUUUCAGCGUUGCAUUGUGCGGCCUCUAGGGGUCACUCUCACUGUAUAGAGGAACUGAAGAAGCUGGGAGCAGAUGUAAACCUAGCCGAUAAAAAUAGCUGUACCCCUCUGUUUUAUGCUGUCACCCUCGGUAAUAAAGACUGUACAAAGACGUUACUCAAACACGGUGCUGAUCCAAACCACCAAGAUGUCAGGGGGAGAACGCCUAGUCAUUGUGCCUCUGUGAAGGGUUGUGUGGAGACACUGAAGAUUCUGGACAAGAGUAAAGCCGACCUGUGGGGUAGUAGCGGGCGGGGAGAUUUCCCUAUCCAUGAGGCUGCUCAGGGCGGACAUUGCGAUGUGGUAAAGUACCUGCUUAAGUGGAAGAACACCCCUGAUGCAGUGAAUACUCCAAACAACGCUGGCAGAACCUGCCUCCAUAUUUCUGCCAUCAUUAACAAUCUGCCUCUCUGUAAACUGCUGCUGGACAACGGGGCAGAAAAAAACUCUCUGAUGAUGCACAAGAAUAAGAAAGAUUCAAGCAAGGAUAAAUCGUAUACCCCGUACGAUGCUGCAAUCUUGAAGGACAACAGAGAGACAGCAGAGUAUAUCAAAUCCAAAGGAGGAAAUACUGGUGGUGACAUUGACAAUAUAUUGAAUAAAAAAGAUAAAAGGGAAAGUAAAUCGGCAAAAUCUAGGAAGAGCAAUUUGGAAAGUCAUAAAGAAGAAGAAGAAAACGCAGAACAGGACAAAAAAUCAGAGAAACAGGAGGAGGCUGACAAGGAAGAGAAACCAAAGUCUAAAAAGGAACUAGAAAAAGAGAAAAAGGAAGCUGAAAAAGCAAAAAAGGAAGAAGAGAAGAAGAAGAAAGAAGAGGAAUUAAAAACCAAAAAAGAGGAAGAAAAGAAGAAAAAAGAAGAAGAGAAAAAGCAAAAAGAGGAAGAGAAAAAGAAAAAGGAGGAAGAAAAGAAACAAAAAGAGGAAGAGAAGAAGCAGAAGGAAGAGGAGAAAAAACAGAAAGAACAAGAAAGUAAAACAUCUCCUGAAGAGACUACUGAUAAAAAAGAAGAAGCUGUAGUUGCUGCUGCUGUUGUUGUUGCUGACGAAAAAGAGAAGAAGGAAGAAGACAAGAAAGGAAAGAAAGACAGUAGUAAAGAAGAUAAGAACAGCAAAGAAGGAAAGGGAAGCAAAGAAGUAAAGGACAGCAACGAAAAGGAACAGGAGAAGAAAACGAAAGAGAAAGAACAAAAAGACCCAGAGAAGGAGGACCAGUUGGAAAGUGAUGAGGAGGUGGUUGUAGUGAAAGGCAAGAAAGUUGUUAGAAAGAAAAAAGGAUACGUCAAAAAUAAAGAAGCUGAAAAAGCCAGAAAGGAAGCCGAAGAGGCAAAGAAAGAUGCAGUAAAGGCAAACCAAGAGGCGGAAAAAGCAAAGGCUAAUGCUGAAAAGGCAAAACUAGAAAAGGAACAACAAGAUCAAAAGAAGAAGAAAUCAGCAAAAGAAAAGAAAGAAGAAAAAGUAGAAAGUAACAAAGCUAAGGAUAAGGAAAAAACCAAAAAAGACGAAAAAGCAGUAGCAUCAGCUGCUUUAGCGGCUAAAAAUAAGAAAGGGAAAAAGGAUCCUGAUACUAUUCAGGAGGAGGACGAAGAGGAAGAAGACGAUACAAUUAAAGAAAAUCCCAUUGAAGCAGAGAAAGCGAAACGAGAAACAGAAAAGUCCAAAAAAGAGGCAGAGAAAUUGAGAAAGGAAGCAGAAGAAGCAAAUUCAGAGGCUGAAAAAAUCAAACAGGCUGCUGUUGUUGCAAAAGACACAGAAGAAGGUAAAGAUACUUCUAAAAAGAAAGAAAAACAAACAGAAAACGGAGGAAAAGGUAAAGAGGACAAGGCACCUAAAACACCUAGUAAAGGAAAGAAAGAUAGUAGUAAAAAAGAAGAAAUAUCUAAAGAUCAAAAAGGCAAGAAGGAUACAACAAAAACAGACACAAAACCUGAAGAAUCCCAGAAGGAAAAAAGUGCACCUGCUACUCCCAAAACUCCUAAAAAAGACGUCAAGGAACCAGAUAAAGAUGAGGAGCCAGAGGUAAAAGAAAAAGAUAAAAAGGAACAAGACAAAAACUCUUCAAAAGACAAGAAAGAUAAACAGGAUACAAAAGAUCUAGAAAAAGUUGAAAAAUCUGCUUAUAAAGAAGAAAAGUCAUCUGAAAGUAAAAACAAAGAAAAGAAAGGAAAACAGGAUUCAAAAGAUCAAGAAAAAGUUGACAAAUCUGCUCAUAAAGAGGAAAAGGAAUCUGAGAGUAAGAACAAAAAAGACAACACAGAGAAACCUGGAACUGAUAAAAAAAUAAAAAACACAAAAGAGGAUAAAAGUGAAUUACAGAAAGAGAAAUCGACUGUUAGUAAAAGUGAUAAAUCAAAAAAGUCUAGUGAACAGCCUAAAGUAGAUAAGGAAAAGACUUCAUCUGAACUUAAGGAAGUCGACAAAACUCAGAAGAAAGAUUCUCAAAGUAGGUCUGAGAGUGAGGAGAAAUCUGAUAAGAAAACAUCGGUAAAAAAUAAAAGUGAGGAUAAAAAUCAAGAAAAAUCGUUAGCCAAACCUAAACUCGAGGAAAAAGACAAAAAAUCGUCUGAAAAAUCUCAGAAAGAUACACCUCAGAAAAAGACUCCUGAGAAAAAACAGCGAGAAGAGAAAAGCCCAAGGAAAACUUCAGGAAAACUUCAACAAGAAGUUGAAGAUCAGAGGCAAACAUCAGAAAAACUAACUCUUGCAGAGAACUUUAAUGAAGACAAAGUUGAUGCUGAUGAUGAAAUUGACGAAAGAGAAGACAGUGGAGUAAACACACCAGGAUCCCUUGCAGAAGAAGAGGAUUUGGAAAAGCAUCUGGUUGCAGCAAAUACUGCUGCUGAGAGCGAAAAGGGAAAGAAGAAAAACAAGUCCACAAAUCAACCGGGACCUUCAACUAGUACUCCAAAAACUAAACACAGACCAAAGAAAGAGGAUAAUAACAAACAAAAAGUUUCACCUAAAGAUAGUAAAAAACCAAUUUCAAGAGAAAGAACCGAGUUCCAGGAAGUCGAACUUGUAACAAAUAGAGAUUCAGGAAAUCAUUCUCAGUCUGAAGAUCGACAUUCCCAGACCGAAGAUCGACAUUCCCAGACCGAAGAUCGUCAUUCACAGACCGAAGAUCGUCAUUCACAGACAAAGCAUAAUCUAGUCUUAAGUCCUUCUCUUUCUCCUGUUGAUUAUCAGGAACACCAGAAAGACGCCUUUGUUCAAACUCCAAAGUCUAGAUCUGCUCAUACCGAAAAACAAGACGACGAAGAUGAAUUUGAAUUUCCAGAAAACUCUCAUGAAAACCAAGAAGCAGCUUUGAGAUUAGCGGAGAGUCGUAAGCAAUCAAGACAAGAAACAGUUCCUGACAGUAGUCGGCCUAGCGAUUCGCCAGAUAGAGAAUCUAGAAGCAGACGUAAAGCUUCCAAAAUCCCUGACACUGAAGUGAUUCAACCAGGACUAAAAAGUCGUGACAAUUCUCGAUCAAAAACCCCAGUGUUGACAAACGGUCAUACUCAGCAAAAUAAAGACUAUGUCGAAACUUCUGAAGAGGAUGACGAUGUGAUUACUGAAAUCAAUUUUCAAAAUAGACUACGAAGAAUAGAAAAAGCGCAACUUGCGAGGAACAAACAAAAAGAACAAUAUCUUUUACAGCAACUACGAAAAACUCAAAAACCGAAUUAUAAACUUGCUCCAGUUCGGUCAAAAAAUAAAUCUAAUCUUAGUCUAGCAGAUAUGGAAAGACUGGAUAAUUCCGGACGCAGACGAAAUGUUCCCAGAAGAGUUGCUUCCAUUCAAGAGAGCGUGCGACGGUAUCAGGACCAGAGACGUUUUGUCCGCCAAAUGCAUCAGUUGAAGCGCGCUCAAAUAUAUACGGGUCCAAUGCAUGACAUUGUCUUGUUUAGCAAAAUGAUGGAUGUCUACAAACAUAGCACGCCCGGAGGAAGCGAGAACGACUUGGAAAUGAGCACAAUGGACAACUGGGAUAGCUAUCUUAGAGUAGAUUCAGACUUAAACUCGACUGGUCCAGAUCAGCUAAGGUUUGUUUCGCAUUAUUACGACGAAGAUAAGUCUGUCAGGGAUCAGACGAACAAAGUCAGACGAGAGACUGCAGAAACACGACGUGGAGUAGAGAGUCGAUCCGAGUAUCUCGCUCAUAGCUUUAGACGCAAAGAGGAGCAGGAUGGCCGAGAAAAGACGGAUUUGGAUGGAAGGAUCUCUACUCUCACUAGAAAGACAGAGGACCUCUAUGACAGUGUGAAGGAGAAGGCUGAUCAAACGUUACAGGACGCUAAGGAAACAAAUGCCAGCUUAGAUAAAUAUUACCGUAAAGAAAGAUCGGAUCUCCUUCAUCAUUCAAGGCCUCAUAGUCAUAAGAAGCUAAAGGAUGAAGAAGAAAUGGAUGAACGUCACAGGAUGCACGAAGAGCACGAAAAAGCUCGAAAAGAAAAGCACUCAGAAUGGCAUAGGAAAAAGGACGAGGAGUUGCGAAGACGACUACUUAAAGUGUAUGGAAAUGGGUCAGAAAUUAAUUAUGACACAAGUAUGGAAUCCGCCGAAAGCGCAUUUUGUAAAUCACGAAAUGUUGGCCACAUGAAAUCAUCAACACCUCGCACCAACAAUAGCGUGGGGAAUUCCCCGGGUUCUCGACCUAAGUCUAUGAUGUCCUCCAUUAGCGGGUCGCGUGCACAGUAUAGCAAUUCCACAGAUCAAGAGCUCAGUGUUCAGAUGACAGAGUUUGGAUUCAGACGGGUAAAAAAGACGGACGAUGGUUCCUAUGUCCCAUGUAGUAGGCAUGGAUGCAGAGUUUCCAAAGACCCGUCACAGUGUAGUGUCAGAUCGCUGUUGUUUCACAAAUCUGGCUCACUGUCAGCCAAUUGGACUCCCAAGUUUGACGGUGACGUAAGACCACGAGCAGGCCUCGUUUUCGUGGAGCCCAAACUUUACAACGAGUAUCUAAAAGAAGAGGCCCAAGUACGUCAUCAGACCGCCAUGAUGGCGCGUAGUCGUUCCACUAACAUCAACACAUUAGAGGACGAUGCCACGGUUCUAGAAACCGUAGAAACGUGACAAAUGGAAACAGUGUAGUUGUUUAGUUUUCAUGUUCAAGUUUGCAAUUGUUUAAAUGUACCAAUUGCGUGUAAAUCACUAUAUGACGUCAUUUCUAAGUAAUACUCAAACUCUGACAAUUAUCAAAUUGAGGAUGGGUCAAUGUUUGUAACUUGAAUGACAAAAUCAAACCUUGAAAAUAAUACUAGGAAAUUAAUUUAUUCAUUUUGUUUGUCAGUCUUGAUUGGGAAAAUUCAAGAUUGCCCUGUUCUUAGUUUAUCACAUUGACAUUAUACAUGAAUGGUUUCUACUUAUUUAAAUUCUCAUGCUGGUUGUUUUUAAUAAUUAUUUAUCUAUGCUGUAACAUUCAAAUGUUAGGAAAUCUCCACGAAUCUAGACUUUGAUAAGCCACGUUCUUUCGACUAGAUCCAUUAGAACGUUACAAGAGGUUAUCUAUCCUUUCCUUUAAACUAGGAGGAAAUGUGUGUAAUAGUACUGUUGCACGAACUGUAAGUUGUGCAUGUACUACGAAAGUUGGAUAGCAACUCCAUAAGUUUACAAUGGUAUUAUUUAAUAUAUGUCAUUUAAACCCAGGUUUCGAUAGUGGCAUGUGCACUACAUAUUUCAUAUCAAUAUGGACCAUGGUUGGCGUUGGUCCUUCUCUGCCAUAAAAUUGUGACAUUUUCCCUUCUAAUAAACUGAAGUGCACAUCUUGGACUUAAACAUUCUAAUCAGCGGUGUUCACUUUUGAAAUAUGAAGAACAUUUGUGUAUUUAUUAUUCUCGAUAGCCAAUCUGUGAUAUGUGUGUAGGAAUCCGUCCAAGCUGAUUCAUAGAGCAACCCGUGUUGGUUUAUAUUUUGUUUUUCCUUUUUUCGUUGGAUUUUCAAAUGAUUUCUGUGAUAAAACUUGCCAACAUCUGUUAAAGUGAUCACGAUUAAUUGUUUCUCCGUUUUAGAUAGUAGCUUAUUUAUUCAUGUACAUUAUAGUAGUUUUUUGAAGGAAAGAAAGAGAUGCGUGUAUAUUUCAAAAAUAAAAGAUAAUGCUCAA